CAGCAAUUUGGAGUCUACAUCAGUGGAGUCGUUCGAAUCACCCAGAUUGACAUUCAGAUUUGCCCUAGAUACAGUCAAAUAUCUUCCUUUUUUUCUUUCUCAACUUUUUUAGUGAUUUCUUUAUUAUUAUAAUAACCUCAGACAAUAUUAAAAACGAUGAGGAGUGGAGAUCAAUUAAGUCAAAUUAGUGACGAGGAGUGUUAUGCAAGUGGUUGUCCCUCCUGUAGAUUGGAUAUCAACAAGGACACGGGCAGAUUGAAGUGGUGCGUGGGAAGGAAUAAAUUUUGUCGAGCUUGGAUAAAAUGUAUGCUUCUUAUACCAGCAGUAAUUUUACCAAUAAUUAUAAUUUUUAUUGCUCUAUCUCGAUCGACAGUGAUUGGUACAUUUUCACAUCAUCAAACAACUGAAAAAACAAAAUUUACAAGCCAACAUUUAGAGAACUUAACAGUAGAAGAGGAUCGAGUUACAUUCGCCUCAUCAAAUUCAUUUAUUAAGACUAAAUAUGUGCAUCGAAAUAAAAGAGAAAUAAACCAGAUGCAUUGGCAAUUGUCGGAUUCAAUCGAAAAGGAUAUAAAUAAAUCACUUGAGAUAGAAAGCGAAACUGCUGAUGAUGAUGAAGAUGAUGAUGGUGAUGAUGAUGAUGAUGAUGAUGAAGAUGAUCAUGAUGAUGAUGAUGAUGCGCAUACUUUCAACUUGAAUGAUAAAAUUGGCAGUUUUUGGAACAGCAAAGAAAAUUCUGAUGAUAGAAUUCGAAAAAUCCAAGCAAAAAUAAUGAUGAAAUACAUGGACAAAACUGUUAAUCCAUGUGACGAUUUUUAUCAAUAUGCUUGUGGCAAUUGGGCAAAACAUAAUCCAAUUCCAAAAGACAAAGCAGGAUACGAUACUUUUGAAAUAUUAAGAGAAUCCUUGGAUAUAGUAUUAAAAAAUUUAUUAGAAGAACCUAUUCUUCAACAUUAUAAAGACCCCAACGAUGCCGUUGUGAAAGCUAAGCAUCUUUAUCAAAGUUGCAUGAAUUACGAUAUUUUGAUGAAAAGACUGGAAAAACCAUUACUUGAAAUUUUAGACGAUUUUGGUGGUUGGCCAAUAUUGCAUCCAAAUUGGAAUGGAAACAAUUUUAACUGGCUUCAAUUAGCGGCACAAUUACGUCUCUUCAAUAACGAUAUUCUUAUUUCCUAUUGGGUGGGACCUGACAUAAAAAAUAGCGAUCAAUAUAUCAUACAAUUUGAUCAAACAUCAUUGGGUUUACCAACCAGAGAUUACUUUCUCCAACCUUCAAAUGCAAUAUAUCUUAAUGCAUAUAAAGCUUACAUGAUUAAAAUUGCCACUUUGUUGGGAUCAUCUUUAAACGAUACUCAAAAGCAAGCGGAAGAAUUGAUUAAGUUUGAAAGAAAACUAGCAAAAAUCACUUUAUCGCCAGAUGAACGAAAGAAUGUUUCUGAUCUUUAUAAAAAGAUGAGUGUUGGAGAAUUGAAAACAAUUAUUCCACAAAUAGAUUGGCAUCAAUAUUUAUCAAUUGUUUUGGCUCGUACUGCACGUACUUCUGAACCAGUUGUUAUAUUUGCUCUUCAAUAUAUGCAGAAUUUAGUUAAUCUUCUCUCUAAAACUUCACCAAGAACAAUUUCAAAUUAUCUUUUAUGGCGAUUUGUGAGGCACAGAGUGAAUAAUCUAGAUGAUCGUUUUCAAGAAGCAAAACAAAAGUUUUAUAACAUUCUCUAUGGUCGAGAACAGGCUCCACCAAGAUGGAAGAAUUGUGUUGCUCAAGUAAAUUCAAAUAUGGGAAUGGUUGUUGGCUCGAUGUUUGUAAAAAAAUAUUUUAAUGAGAUUAGCAAAAAUGAUACUCUUUUGAUAACACGAGAAAUACAAAAAUCCUUCAAAGAAUUAUUAAACAAAACUAUUUGGAUUGAUGGUAGAACAAAGGGAAUCGCAAGUAAAAAAGUGGAUGCAAUGCUCCUACGAAUUGGAUAUCCUGAUUUUAUUUUAGAACCGAAAUUACUUAAUGAAGUUUAUAAAAAUGUUGCAAUUGAACCAGAAAAAUAUUUUGAAAAUACACUGAAUAUUCUACAUCAUUUAACAAAAAUUGAACAGGAUCGCCUUGGACGUGCCGUUAAUAAAUCUCUUUGGACCACUGCUCCAGCGGUUGUUAAUGCAUUUUACAGCAGAAAUAAGAAUCAAAUAAUAUUUCCUGCGGGAAUUCUACAACCACCAUUUUAUCACACAUAUUUUCCUAGAAGUUUAAAUUAUGGAGGAAUUGGAGUUGUCAUUGGUCAUGAAAUAACACACGGCUUUGAUGACAAAGGACGAUUAUUUAAUAAAGAUGGAAAUUUACAUAGAUGGUGGAAAGACGAAGCUAUUAAAGAAUUUCAUCGAAGAGCCCAAUGUCUAAUUGAUCAGUAUAGUAAAUAUAGAGUAUCAGAAGUUGAUAUGCAGAUAGAUGGAAUCAACACUCAAGGGGAAAAUAUUGCUGACAAUGGUGGGAUUAAACAAGCUUUCAGGGCUUAUGAGAAGUGGUUAAAAACAAAUGGAGAUGAGAAAGAAAAUCUUCCAGGUAUUAACGCAACAGGGAAACAAUUAUUUUUCUUAAACUUUGCACAAAUAUGGUGUAGUUCAAUGAGGCCAGAAGCUACUAAAAAUAAAUUGAAGACCGCCGUUCACUCGCCAGGUAAAUUUCGAGUAAUAGGCUCCCUUUCAAAUACAAGAGAUUUCGCACAAGUUUUUAAUUGCCCACUUGGAACACCAAUGAAUCCGACAAAAAAAUGUUCAGUUUGGUAAUGCGAAAAUAAUAAAUAAUUAAAUAAAUAAAUUUUAAUAAAAAUUUUCAUAAAUUUA